AGAAAGGCGAGCUGCGCGAGGCCGACGGCGCCAGACGUAACGCUGCGGCUUCGAUGAGACUUGCAUCGGAAGGGAGCUGCCCACCCUGCUAACCAAACAGCUGGAGCCGGACACGCGAAAACCAAGAUAGUAGGACCACGAGAAUGAAGCAAUCAGCAUUUUAUCACCAUCUUGCACUGCUUUUCAUAAGCCAUUUUGUUUCUCAGAUACAAGCCAAUUAUGAGUCAUGCCCCCUUAUGUUGAAAAAUAUCGAGUCAAAGGUGGAUGAUUUGUGGCAAAGCUUGCUCCAUCCAGUUGCACUGGCAGCAAAAGAUAUAAAGGAAGUGUAUGCAAUUUGUGAAAUGAAGCCAAGCAGUACACUCGAGGCUGAGAAGCCACAGGUGACUGGACAGGUGCUCUUUAAGCAGACAUACCCCAGUGGGCAUCUAGAAACAACAAUCAAUUUGGUUGGGUUCUCAGAGUCAGAUAAUCAGGCCAGAGCAAUUCACAUUCAUGAGUUUGGAGACCUGAGUAAUGGCUGUGAUGCUACAGGUGGUCAUUUCAAUCCAAUGAAUGUCAGUCACCCUGGACAUCCAGGGGAUUUCGGAAACUUUACUCCUAAAAAAGGAAAAAUUAAAAAAUACAGGAAAAACAUCAAGGCAACCAUGUUUGGUCCACAUUCAAUCUUGAGCCGAGCAAUUGUGAUUCAUGAGCAGCAAGAUGAUCUUGGUGAAGGAGGCAACCCAGCCAGUCUGAUAAAUGGAAAUGCUGGCAAACGGCUGGCAUGCUGUGUCAUUGGGAUUGGCGGCAAGACACUCUGGCAGAGUACAUUCCUUAGUCUUACAGGAAAUUCAAUGAAAAGAAAUGCGAGCGGCUCAGAAAGGAAAUUGUCUUGAACAUUAAAGGGAUUUUAUUUUGUUGUAGGUUUAUGAGAUGUUACUCCAUUUAAGCGUGUUUUUGUGGUGUGAAACCCCAGUUUCACUACACUUAUUUUUACUUGCUUAUAUGUUUCUCACACAUUUUUAAUAUUGCUCAAAAUAAACAUUUUUUUUUACUUGUUUACUAGUGCAAAACAAUAGCCAGCUAUUAACAAUGGUCUUUUAUGUGUGUUUUAAAUAAAUGAAAACAUUUUUGCGAU